GUAAGUUAAAUUGAUAUCAUAAUAAAGUGACACCUAUGCAUGAUCUCUUUUUAAAUAGUACAAAUUUAAGGUUAUAAUUUUUCAAAUGAUACUUAAUUAAUAUAUAGGGGAUAUAUAGGAAAAUAAUGGAUGAGAAUAAAGUUAUAUAAGAAUGAUGAGGAAUGUUUAUUCUAUAUCAAAUUUAGUGAGGAACAAAUUUAUUAAUUAAUUCUCUAUAAUAAAAAAAUAAAAAGAAAUAAUUGUUUCUAUGAAUGUUAAAAUUUAUUAGGAAUGCAUUUUUCAUCUCGUUCAUUUGUCAGCAUUCAUAGCCUAGAUAUAUACAAAGAACUGUUCAUAUUUGAUUUCAAGAUUUCUUACCAAAACGAAUAUGGCAUUAUAUGGCAUUAUAGUUCAUGUAUUUGACUCAGAAAAACAGACAACAAAAUUAUAUACAUAUGGGUGUAUAAAAUCCCAAGUGUGUAUUUGAUCUCUCUUUAUCUCUUGCUCUCGUCUGUGGUGAAAUGGGUUUACAGGAUAACGCCAUUUCUUAUGGCUCUAUGUUAGUGUUGUCGCUGCUCCUCCUUCUUCCUCCUCCUGCAAAGGGAUGUGAUAUGUUCACGGGACAGUGGGUGAAGGAUCCUUCCUACCCUCUCUACGAUCCCUCCACGUGUCCAUUUAUAAGACGCGAGUUCGCUUGCAAGAAAAAUGGACGGCCGGAUCUCGACUACCCUACCUUCAGAUGGCAACCACAGGGAUGCAAAUUAGCAUGGUUCAAUGGAGUAGAUUUUUUGCAGAAAAAUAGAGGGAAGAAGAUAAUGUUUGUAGGUGAUUCUCUUAGCCUAAAUCAAUGGCAGUCUUUGACAUGUAUGCUCCACUCUUCUGUUCCCAAGUCUCCCUAUACUAUGACCACAGAAGGCACUAUCUCAACCUUCACAUUCCAGUAUGGAGUUGAAAUAAAGUUUGAUAGGAAUCCGUAUUUGGUAGAUAUAGUGAGUGAGAAGAUUGGGAGCGUGAUGAAGCUUGAUUCGAUCAACGAUGGAAAGAAUUGGUUAGGAAUGGAUACACUGAUUUUCAACACUUGGCAUUGGUGGAGCCGUAAAUCAUGGGAUUAUAUUCAAAUAGGAAGUAACUUCACAAAAGACAUGGACCGCAUGGCGGCAUUCGAAAUCGCACUUGGAACUUGGGGCAAAUGGGUCGAUAGCGUGGUAGAUACUAGCAAAACUAGAGUAUUUUUCCAAGGAAUUUCACCAUCUCAUUACAAUGGAUCUCUAUGGGGUGAACCAGCGGCACAUAGUUGCGCGGGACAGACGGAACCACUUUGGGGGACAAAUUAUCCAGGAGGAUUGCCACCAGAAGUUGGAGUUUUGAAGAGAGCACUCGGGAAAAUUACCAAACCGGUGACUUUGUUAGACAUUACUAUGCUUUCAUUGCUUCGCAAAGAUGGUCACCCUUCCAUUUACGGUAUAGGCGGACGAACCGGCAAUGAUUGCAGCCACUGGUGUCUCUCUGGCGUACCAGAUACUUGGAAUGAGAUUCUUUACAAUUAUAUGCUUUAGUAAGAAAUAUUUAAAAAUAGGAAAACAACAUUAUAACAUAUUUGUUAUUGUGUUUGAUUCUACAUUUGAAUGAAUCUGAAUAAACUAAAGGUCCGUUGCUAAUAGACUACAUAUUUGUUA